AUGAAAAUAUUUUUAAUAUUUUUAUUAACAAUAAAUUUGAACUUGAUAGAAACAUUUGCAGAGAUUUCAAUUGAAGUUUCAAUAAAAGAAGAAGAAAAAAAUGGUUCAAUAAUUGUUGAUUUACGGUCAUAUUUUAGUUCAUUAUCAUUCUUAAAUAAUUCAAAUGGUUUUAUAAUAAAAUUUGCUCGUCCAUGUUUAAAUAUUUAUAUCGAUGAAAGAAAUUCUUUCAUAAUUCGUUCGCUUAAAAUCGAUCGUGAACAAUUUUGUCCAUAUGAAAAACACUGCUAUUUAAAUUGUGAUUUAUUUAUUGAAAAAGAAGAAAUGAAAUUAAUCAAAUUAAAAAUUAACAUUGAAGAUAUAAAUGACCAUAAGCCAAAAUUUAAAAAACAAUUUUAUUCAUAUGAAUUCGAUGAAAACUUAUCCAAAGGUUUUCGUAUUCCACUGGAACAAGCGGAAGAUAAAGAUUUGUCAGAGAAAAAUUCAAUAAAAAAUUAUCAUUUGAAUGUAUUCAAUUUAACCUACUUUCCAUUUGAACUUGCUUAUGAUGAAAAAAAUCAUUUACUGGAAUUAAUAUUGAUUGAAAAUUUAGAAAAGAAAAGUGAAAAUGUAAAGUUUCUUUUUGAACUCAUGGUCAACGAUGGAGAAAAUGAAGAAGAUAAGUGUUUAAUUGAAAUAAAUAUUUUAAAAACUCAACACAAUAACUAUUUACCACCCGAGUUUGAUUUAAAUUUAUAUCGAUUUUUUAUUUUUAAUUUAAACGAAACAUUUAUUGGGAAAGUUCAUGCAAAAAAUUCGUUGAAUUUAAAUAAUCAACAAAUUUAUUAUCGUAUAAUUCCAUCGAUUGAAAAUUUGAAUUUAUUCCAAAUAAAUGAAACAAGUGGAGAAAUAUUUUUAAAUGGAAAGCAAAAUAUAAAUUUUCUAAAUAAAUCUUAUGAAAUCUUGAUUGAAGCUUUCUAUUUAAAUCAUCUUUCGUCAUUAACAACUGUAGAGAUUUAUUUCAAUUUAACGUAUCAAUUAAAUAAUCUUAGUAAUAAUAAUGAUGAACAAGAAAAUUUUAUACAAAUUUUAAUACCAAAGUUAUUCCAUAAAAAUGAUAAGAAAAUUUUUCUUAAAGAAAAUUUACUUGUACCAAUAACAAUUCUGCAAUUAUUUAUAUCAUCCUCCUCGUCAUCAUCAUAUUCGUCGUAUUCAUUGGAUAUGAUAACAUCGAUAGAAAAAGAUUAUUUUUAUUUAAAAAAAAUAGAUCAACAACUAUUCGAAUUAGUGCUUUUAAAAUCAUUUGAUUAUGAAUUGAUUCAAAAGAUUGACUUGGAUUUUAUUUUAAAUAAACAAAACUCAACAAAAAAAUCUAUUGAAAUUGCUAUUGAAAAUAUUAAUGAUUGUCAACCGUAUUUUAAUCAAACAGAUUUUUUCUUCACUGUUCAAGAAAAUAAUCAAAUACCAUUUCUUCUUUAUACAUUUCAAGCGUAUGAUCAAGACCAUUUAAAUAAUAUUAUCUAUCAAAUUCAAACUUCAGAUGAAAAUAUAUUUUCAAUAAAUUCUGCACGUGGAGAUUUAUGGAUUUCAAAAUCGUUCGAUCGUGAACUACAAUCGAACUAUUCUCUGCUAAUCUGUGCAUUCGAUGGAUUUUAUCAGAUAUGUUCAUCUAUAUAUGUAAAUAUUCUUGAUGAAAAUGAUAACAUGUGUAAAUUUAAUUCAUCAUCCAUAACAUUAACAAUCAAUGAGAAUCUUCCAUCAAAUAUAAAUUUAAUACAAGUUCAAGCGUACGAUUCAGAUUAUGAACAAAACGGAACUCUCCUAUAUAAAUUAUCACCUAAAACACCUUAUUUAAAUAUAGAUUCAACGACAGGAACAAUUCAAACAACAAUAAAUUCAUUUGAUUAUGAACUUAUUCAAACAUACUCAACAUUAAUAAUAGCUUGUGAUAAUAUUAAUUCUUUGCCGUCAUUAUGUUGUUAUUUAAAAAUAUAUAUAAAUAUAAUUGACAUUAAUGAUAAUUUUCCUUAUUUAAUUUAUCCAUCAUCAACAAAUGAUGUAUUCAUUAUUGAUUAUUCAAAUAAAACCAUGCCUCGUUUAAAAGCGUUUGAUAACGAUCUUGAUCUUAAAAAUCGUUUUAUCUCCUAUUCUAUUAUUGGCGGUUCACUUAAUUCAUCAAUAAAUGUUGAUUAUCUUUCUGGUCAAUUGUAUCUUUUAUCAACAUCAGCAAUUCCACUUUAUGGCACUCUCAUUGUUUCACUUUCUUCUCAAACAAACAUUCAAUUAACAAUACUUAUUCAUGAUCAUCAAACUGACCCACAAAAAUUUCUGAUGUCAAUUCAACAAUACUCAUUUUCAUCGCAAUUAUUUUAUUUUAUUUCUUUCAUUUCAAUCGCUAUUAUCAUUUUUUCCUUUGUCACAAUUUUCGUUGUUUUGUACUUUCUUAAACAAAAACAAAAACAAAAGCAUGAUGAUGACCCAUUGAUGAAUACACCGUCAACAACAACACUCUCUGCUCGAUCAUUAGUAACAACAACAACAAUAACGAAUAAGAAAUUUUAUGAUACCUAUUAUUCAUUUGGAGAUAGUGUGAAUCCUGAUAUAAUACAUGUUUAA